CUGCUGCCGCUGCGUUUGCCGCGUUUUACGUUCAUUCAACCAGUGUGUCGUGUCAGAUGCUGGUGACGUAAAUUUAGAAAUUCUGGUAAUUCUAUUCUCAUAGGAAACAUGGAUUCGGAUAGUUGUUCGCUGACGUGCACCGUCACGGUGGAAUGGUUAAACACCCAAGGGUCUAUUUUGCGAAAGAUAACUCAUAGAACGGCUUCCUUGCGCUUGAUUCGGGAUAAUCGGCGUGAAAUGUUCAUCGAGAUCCAUGCAGAGAAAGCGAAUGCUCGGACGAGGCUCUCCUUGAAAGGUAUAUCAGUAUUCAAUAAAUUUAUGAUCGAGGGGAAAGCGUCCAUCAAGUUCAAGGAACAGAACUGCACGUUGUUCUUGUCGAAUGCGCCAUCCUCUCAGCUGAUCAGUUUCUUGAGGACUAUAUUCAUCAAACUAACCGGUCAGGACGAGAGCACAUUAAAAAAUCCCCUGAGAGAGAGGCUUCUCAGUAAUAUACGAUCAGAUGGUGCCAACGACAUCAGUCCAGCUACCAGCACAGAGAUCAACAAAGCAAAGGAGAAAGCCUUGGCUGUGUCACGUAAAACGACCACUACCCCGUCGCCGAGUUCUGUGAAGAAACGGAAGCGUCUUAGUGACGGUAAUACUCCCGCAAUGCCUAUUGUGAAGAGGUUAUAUGAGAAUCCUACUACGGAGAAGUUGACUGAGGAACAGAAUAUAAUCUUGAGCGCAGUGCGUAAUGGAAAGAAUGUUUUCUUCACUGGAAGUGCAGGAACUGGAAAGUCGUUUCUGUUGAGGAAGAUAAUCUCAGCCCUACCUCCAGAUGUGACAAUGGCCACAGCAAGCACUGGGGUAGCGGCUUGUCAGAUAAGUGGAAUCACGUUACAUCAGUUUGCUGGUAUCGGUCUAGGCACUGGCACAAUGGACAGAUGCUUCCAGUUGGCCUCGCGAGCAGCCUCUACUGCAAUCUGGAGGAAAACGAAGCACUUAGUGAUUGAUGAAAUUUCUAUGGUGGACGGUGACUUUUUCGACAAAAUCGAGGCGGUUGCGAGACACGUGCGCAGAACGGAAAGGCCUUUUGGUGGGAUACAGCUGAUCUUGUGUGGUGAUUUUUUCCAGCUACCACCUGUGUCCAGAGACAAUGACGGUGCAAAGUUUUGCUUUCAAAGCGAAGCUUGGCAGAAGUGCGUUCACUUUAACUAUGAGCUGAGGACAGUUCACAGGCAAAAAGAUGAGGCGUUUGUGAAAAUAUUGAAUAACAUUAGAAUAGGCAGAGUCACGGAUGAUAUCGUGGAUACUUUGAAGGAGACAGCAAAACAGAAGAUUGAAAGUAACGGAGUGUUGGCGACCAGAUUGUGUUCGCAUGUUAAGGAAGCCGAUGAGAUUAAUGAAUUUCAACUGAAUGAACUGAAAGGUGAAACCAAAGUAUAUACUGCGUUGGAUUCUGACAGUUCUAUGACGCAUACAUUGGACCAGCAGUUAGGUAUACCUGGCAAAUUAGUAUUGAAGGUUGGCGCUCAAGUCAUGUUGUUGAGGAAUAUAAAUGUUACUAGUGGGUUAGUAAACGGAGCUCGGGGCGUUAUUAUAGAUUUUAAAAAUGAUGUACCAGUAGUUCAGUUGCGGUCUGGUACUCAUUAUGAGGCAAAAAUGGAAAAGUGGAGCAUUAAAACCAGCUCUGGUGCUCUUGUGCACAGAAAGCAAGUCCCAUUAAAAUUAGCUUGGGCCUUCUCAAUUCAUAAGAGCCAGGGUUUAACUUUAGACUGCGUAGAAAUGUGCCUAUCAAGAGUGUUUGAUGCUGGUCAGUCGUAUGUAGCACUUUCUAGAGCUCAGAGUUUACAGAGUUUACGUAUUUUAGACUUCAAUAGCCAACAGGUAUGGGCCAAUACAGCUGUACUCGAAUUUUAUAAGAAGUUCCGUAGAAAUUUGCAGGAGAUGGAGAUGAUUCCACUAGGCAAGAAGAUAAAGCUAGAGAAAUAGAGUAUUUUUUAUAUUUUCUACGCUCUUAAACGUUUUUCUAUAUAUGUGAUUUGUUGGAAGUAAACAACUUACUUUCAGCACAUGCAAUAUCAUAUUAUGUGUGUACGAAAAAUCUAUUGAUAGUUAUAAUAUUGUAAUAAUUAAUAUAAUGAUCGCGACUUGAUAGAGGAGAUAUAGUUUUGCGAACAUUUAACCCAUGCUGUCAAAUAUCAAGACGUGGCGCAGACGGAAUGAUGCUUUUAAUUUUUUAUCUUAAUUAAAGAAAGUAAAAGUUUUAUUUUUAUAUAUGCAAUGAAUACAACAACAUUUUCCAUUAUUUUACAAAUAUUACAAUUUACUAGUAUUUACGUGGACAGUGGUUUGUUAAUAAUCGUCGACUGUUAUCUCGAUUGGCGGAAUGUAGCGCCAUGUGUGCCCGGCAUUCACAAGUUCUGAGUAGGGCACCGGCGAGUUCGGAGCGGAUUCUUUACUGCUGCAUUGAAUAUCUAUCUUGUAUUGACCAGCUGUGAAGAACACUACACGACAUUCGUGAUACGCUCUGCCGUAUUCCUGCAACUAUCAUUAUUUAUCCAUAAUAAUAGGAAACACAUAUCACAUAUGUGCAUCACAAACUACAUUUAUAAAAGUUGCAACUCACAGCAGGCAGCAUGACCUUAUUCGCCCCAGCUAUAGACAAUCUCGUUUCUAAUUGAUAAUUAUUAACGCCGUUGUGAUGAUCCUGAUAGAAGUUGAUGGACAAUGUGAGGUCGUUGAGCGGAUGUUCCAGAGCGUUGCAUACUCCCACACCGACACUGACACAUUCACCCAAACCGCACGUCAACUCAUCCUGCGCUUUCACAGUAACAUCGUUGAUGGUUAUUUCUGGAAGAUAUUCAUUACUCGUUCAUUUUGCCCGACGUUCAGUUAAGCGAUAUAAAUAUACAGAAAAUACCAUAUAAUACGCACCCCAUUGGAGAGGACUCAUUCUCACUAGAUCUAACAUAUCCUGAGUCAAAGUAAUACCGGAUAGAGUUGCUUUACCCGUUGACUCUGUGCCAAGUAAUUGCCAGCGCAAGUCUACCAAUGAGACUAUGUGUUCAGCGCAUAUCUUUUGGAGCUCACCGGUGUCACCAGCGCCAUUCGACUAUAAGUAGAGAGCGGUAAAUUAGUAUUAUGUCAUGAUGCAUUUCUAAAUAAAUAUAAUUAUACCCUUCAUUACCAUAGACAAUUUAUUAAGCGGACAUCGGUCGACCGGCACUGGUAUUCUACAUGGUUCUUUACCUUCCAUGUAUAUACAUUUGUUCUGUGUGUAAUGCAAUUCCAUUUCAUGAUUUGUCAUAUUUGUUACGUCCAACACGAGAUAGAAUUGUAACGGCCUAAAACCCCGUUAAAAGGCGACUUUUUAUAAAUCGAAUUUUUAAGACUGCAUACAAAUUAUAGAUUGUACGAAUAAACAUGUUUACGUAACA